AUGGUCGAAUGCACAAAAUGUAUUAAAUGGUACUGUUUUGAGUGUGUCAACGUAACAGAAGCUGUAGCUCUAGAUGAAUAUUGGAUGUGUCCAUCCUGUGAAGCCAUUCAUCAAGAAACCAUGGCGCAGCAAUCUGAUAUUCAAUUUACACCUCACCAGUCUUUGAAUCAGUUAGGAGUCAUUCCAACAUCAUCAGAACCAAAUAAAUCAGUCACUAUCACUAUAGCACAAAGCGUAAAAAGCAAACAUAGUGGAUCAACCACAAGCAGCAGGCGCAAGUUGAAAUUGCAAAUUUUACAAAAAGAAAUAGCACUAAUAAGAAAAGAAAGAGAAUUAGCUGAGCAGACUCGAAAACUUCUUGAUGAAGAAUCUGAUGAUAGCCAGUGUUUGGAUAAAGAGGAAUUGGAAAGAUCUGAGCCAUUAGCAAAUAGACUAUUUUCACUACAAAUAGAAAAUGGUGUUCAAGAAGCUAGCAAUGGAGUUCUACCUUAUAUCCUCAACGGAAAUGGGAAGAUUUUAGAAAAAGAAUCAGAAAUGCAACGAAAACAGGCAAUACAGAAACCGAUUCUUGCAUUCAACCCACCAACUUUCGAAACAUUGGAACAAUCUCCGAUUACUCCACAGCAGUGUGCCGCGCGACGUACUAUUCCAAAAGAACUACCAACUUUCAGUGGGAAUUCAUAUGAUUGGCUCUUAUUCAUCAGCUGUUACGACAGGUCCACUCAAAAACCAAUUACCAACCCCACGACCCAGCUCGAAUAA